AGUGCGAAAGCGGUGGUACGCAUCGUAGUUCCUCAAUUUACAAAAAAUGAAAAAUGUAACCUGAAAAUAAAAACAACGAUUUUUGACGAUUUCCUACUAACAAAUUUAAAGCGAAAUGUGCAAAUAACUCCCGAUCAAGUUUAUAACAACUAACCACACGCUGCUUUUUAGCAAAGAUGACCGUCUUAAGGGCAUUUAAGUGGAUGAGCAUCAAUAAAAAUUGCGUCGUAGCACUAACUCUCGGGUUGCUGACAGGCUUUAUGGCAGCUUACUUAAUUUUAUCGCCACCCGAAUACGCGUUCCUGGAGCUAAGCGAUCCUCACACCAGCGCUCAAAUGGAGGGUCUGGCCGGGCCGAUUAACGAUCCCGGCACGCACGACAACGACGAGAUUUUUCACCAGAUGGAAAAUUCGACGGUGGCGGACUACUUGGCGCGGCAAGUGAAAAUUUUAUGUUGGAUCAUGACUGGCCCGAAAAAUCACCAAAAGAAAGCCAAACAUGUUAAAAAUACGUGGGGCAAACGGUGCAACAUUUUAUUGUUUAUGAGCUCGGAGGAAGAUCCGUCGUUACCUGCUGUUGCCUUGCCUGUCAAGGAGGGGAGGGAUAAUUUAUGGGCCAAAACCAAAGAGGCCUUUCAGUACGUGUAUAAGCAUCAUAUGCAUGAAGCUGAUUGGUUUUUGAAAGCCGACGAUGACACAUAUGUGAUAUUAGAAAAUUUACGUUACAUGCUGAUGACCCACAGCCCGUCAGAACCUGUUUAUUUCGGGUGUAGGUUUAAGCCAUUCGUUAAACAGGGCUAUAUGAGCGGAGGAGCCGGUUACGUAUUAAGUAGGGAAGCGGUUAAGAGAUUUGUUGAGGAAGGCAUACCGAAUAAAACGUUAUGUCGACAAUCGGCGGGCGGUAGCGAAGACGUAGAAAUGGGUAAAUGCAUGGAACGCGUUCACGUGGCCGCCGGAGAUUCGAGAGACUCAUUAGGAAGGGGGCGGUUCUUUCCUUUCGUUCCCGAGCAUCACCUGAUACCGGGACACGUUUCAAAAGACUUCUGGUACUGGAAGUACAUUUACUAUAAUAGCAAAGAGGGAAUGGACUGCUGCUCCGAUAACGCAGUGUCGUUUCACUAUGUCAGCCCUAACCAAAUGUACGUAUUAGAGUAUCUAAUUUAUCAUUUAAGACCGUACGGUAUAUCGUAUCACGUGGAUAUGCCGACUCUUAAUCAGGAAUCUUCAAGCGGGAAAACAGGAAGUGCGUAGUGUAGAUCUUUUAGAAAUUUUAGCUGGGACUGUCUAACGGGUGAAAUAUGCGGUGUCUCUGUGAUCGGCUUGUAUUGGGUAAUACAGCUUUGAGACAAAACAGUCAUGGUGAAUAUUUCUUGUAAAUUGCCGUGUUAAAAAAUGCAGAGCUUCAUUAUUGUAAAUAGCUGAACCAUUGAAAUGUACCGAAUCAUUGACUUUGUGAAGGAAGAUUUUAUGAAAUGACUUUUGUCCUUCAAUUUAGUUUUUAGGUGAGGCCAAAACUGCUUUCAAUUCUCCAGUAAACACUUUUAUGUUAAGAAAAUUUGAUACAUUUUGAAAUGUUAUAACCUUCACUUUUCACACGAUUCAGGUUAACAGUGAUACCUCUGGUGGCAGCACAUUGCUGGGAGAAGAUCGCCAUUUUGAUAGCGUUCCUUUAUACAAUGCCCAAAAAUAACCAAUAUUGUCGUGUUUACAGCUGCAAAAAUGUCAUUUGGGGGUUAUAUUUUCAAGUCUCAAAAACGGCAUGAUAAACUCAGUUCCCUUUAAAAUUAGGGGAACUACACUUAAAAACCUACUAAAAUAACCCUGUUUAUAAAAUGCUUCUCCACUACACUCGCCAUUUGUAAAUUACACCAGCGCCUCUAUUGUUAAUCUGUAUCGCAUAUUGAUUAUUGAAGUGUAAUUGAAAGGCCUGGAUUUGGGUGUUUGAAGGUCAUUUCCAGUAGAACUCCUAAUCUAUCAGAAUAGAAAUGUUGUGUAUCGCAAACACAAAAAUAAUACAAUAAGACUGUGUUCAUUUUGUGACUCAAAAAACGUCACAGUCACUUAUUUCAUCGUGAUUUUGUUAGCAAAGCAUCAAAAGUCUCUAUUUUUAAGGUUAUAGUGCAAUGUAAAUAACUAGCCACAAUAAAUUAUCCACUCCUGUAUUUGUUAGUAACUUGACUGUUGUUAGUUGAUUAGUUGAAUGUAGCACAACCGUUGAUGUACGAAACAUUUCUGUACCAUAUUUAAAAAGAAGUUUCCCGUAUACGUAGUUUGCACAUUGCAGUUCGGAAAAACAAAGGUUUCCAGCAUUGCAUUUGGUUUUUGUAUUUUUGUAAUCUCUAUAUUUUAUUGACUUGGUCCAUUCUCUUGAUUUGUUAUGAACAUUCACAGUAUUGUUUUCAGUUUAGCACAGAGAUAGAAGUGGGUGGGACCAGUGAGUUAAUAUAAUUAGUUAGACUAAGACAGUGAAUGUAAGUUCUGUAUAUUUGUAUCUCUAGUCAGUUCUUUGCCAAAUAUCGAAUAAGAAUGUACAUUUUGUAAGUAAUAAGAUUAGUGUAUUUGUGAUAUCAUAGAUUAGGCCAAGUUGUAGCUUUGCUCAUGAAGAAUAUAUACGUAAGAAAUUAA